CCGAAUCAAGCCUUCUUUUUGUACAUUCUUCUCGGGUUACCGAAUUCCCGACUUUAUUGUAUCUAAUUCGUCUCGAAUUAAUAGGCCAUGAUUUUAUUCAAACGACUUGAUUGUUUCGAUAUAUUCCCGAAAUUUUGAGUGCACGAAAACUACCAAGAUAAUGGUUGCUGUUAUUCUUAGUUAUACCUAUUGAACUACUACUGUAUGUCAGUAAUGUACGAUUAUUUGUUUCCCGCUAAACCCGUCAUUCAUUUCAACGGUACUUAUCCACGGGUGGACUUUUAAAUAAUAUGAAAUUCUAGAGUUCGUAUCUAAACCUGACUCAUAUCAACUAAGUAAAAGAGUCAUUUGAUAACAGGUGAUUUAUACAUAUAUAAUCGAAACAAUCCUUUAAAUCACGCAUUAUUGUUUAUAUCGAUAUUUCUAGGUGUUCAGGUGCCUAAAUAUUACUUAAAAAUUGAGGCAACGAAGAAUUUUCUGAUGAGCCAAAAUAAUUCUACCUCCUACAAACUUGGGGAUAAUCGCACGAAAUCGAAUGGCAUUUUAUGAUCAUUGGGUUAUUAUUUCCAGUUAAUUUUAUUCAAUAAUCUUGAAUCAUCCAUCCAUCAUGUGUAAAACACCAUUACACGGGUUUCUCGCUGCCCUGCCUAAAGCUGAACACCAUAUCCAUCUCGAAGGUUCCUUAGAACCAGAGCUCCUGUUCGAGCUUGCCAUUAAGAAUAACAUUACCCUUCCGAUUUCUACAGAUUCGGCUUUCGCUUCGAUAGAAUCUCUCCGGGAACGAUAUCAAAACUUUCGAAGUCUUGACGAUUUUUUGGGUUAUUACUACAUUGGUAUGUCGAUAUUAAUCAAUGAAUCGGAUUUUGAAGCCUUAGCCUAUGCCUACUUCACCAAGGCUGCAUCCCAAAAUGUUCGUCAUGCCGAAGUUUUCUUCGACCCGCAAGCUCAUAUAACUCGCGGGAUAGAGUUGUCAACUAUCGUUGAAAGUUUUAGAAGAGCACAAAUUAGAGCGGAGGCGGAAUUUGAUAUGACGACGCAACUGAUCAUGUGUCUAUUACGACAUCUACCUCUUUCUGGAGCGAUGGAAACAUUUACCCAAGCGAAGGAUGCUGGUUAUUUCGAAAAUGGCACUCUUACAGCUAUCGGUAUGGAUUCUUCUGAAGUACCAUUCCCACCACCGAUGUGGAAAGAUCUAUAUGAUGUUGCGAGAGAAUUGGGCAUUCGAGGGACAAUCCACGCUGGUGAAGAAGGUCCACCAAUCUACGUUACUCAAGCUCUUGAUGUAUUAGGGGUACAACGGAUAGAUCAUGGAAUCCGGGCUUUAACAGAAGGGGAUGAUACAUUAGUCAGACGUCUUGCCUCUUCAAAGACCUUAUUGACCAUGUGCCCUCUAUCUAAUGUCAAGUUGAACUGUAUUGCUUCAGUAGAGUCAUUCCCAUUGAGGAGGUUGAUUGAUGCUGGAGUGAGGUUCAGUAUUAAUAGUGAUGAUCCAGCCUACUUUGGUGGUUAUAUCCUUGAGAAUUACUGCGCUCUCCAAGGAACGUUUCAUUUGGGUAUUAGAGAAUGGGAAAUGGUAUCCAAGGGUAUUAUUAUGGGUAGCUGGUGUACCGAAGAAAGAAAGGGACAGUUACUUUUAGAGAUAGAGGAUGUGGUAAAUGAAUGGGCUAAGGUGGUUGAAGAACAGUAAUGGAAUCUGAUUACCAGCAUACUACUCAGGUACUGUGAUAAGGAUUCGAUUAUUAUUCGGAAGCAAGUACUUUAGUAUUGAGGCGCUUAGAACCUACCUGUACACUUAAUGACUACCCGGAUGAUUGGGUUGUUGUAUAUCUAGGCAGGUGGGGAGUUAUAUCUUCUGAUUCUCACAAUCCUCAGCCGUUUGUUCAUUACCUAGGUACCUUGAUCCUCCUCAGCCAUCUUAGGUGCCUAGGUAAUUAACACUUCAUAUUAUAAUCCAACAUCCAUUUUGCCGCUCACUAAUAAGGCACUGAUUCAUAUAAUAGGCUUUGUGUUGGGCGAAUUGGCGUACCGCGACUGUAUAACAUACCUAGGUACUUUA